CUCAUCACAGUCGUUAUGCGCAGGCAAAGGCGGGUGAGCAUCUUCCCCGUCCACAAUAAAUGUUUUGCCGCUCCCCCCUCCAUUUCUCUCUCCCCUUUCUCCUACAUUCCCAGAUCUCCGAGCUCACUCGCAAGAUCAGAUGAAACCCUAACCCAGCAUAGAUCGAAUCAAAGCAACAAAGGUACAAAUCUCGAGAUGGCGUGGUAUAGCGGCGGAUUGAAGGGCUACUGGAAGCGGAGGCCAUAUCAGCGGAUGGACUUCGAAGGAGGCACCGGCGGCAGGAGAUUGAGAAGGAGCAAAAAGGUUGUCCUCGGGGGCGGCAAGAGGCAGCGAAUCUGGCGCAUUAAAGUAUCGCCAAGGCUCCGAUUCCUGCGGGUUCUGUCACCCAAGCGGCUUAUCGCAGGGAUCCGAGACGCGUAUGUUCGUAUGAUGCUCGCGUUCGCAAGCUCCGGCGCGAUCGCUGGAUAUGGGGGCGAUGGGUUUGGGGGAUUCAAUGCGCCGCCGGUGAAGGAGUACGACGAACGGAUGAUAAUCGAGAUCUACAAGUCGCUCAUGACCGAGGGCAAACUUAUUGCUGCUUCAGGUGUUGGGGGUGUCGUACCCUCAAGCAAGCUUGUCGUGCGGCGUUAGAUUUUUUGAAGGGUCUAUACUAUAAAGAGUAUACGAGUAUGUGUCCUCGAGGAGCUUGGAGUAUGAAACUGUGUGGCAAGAAUCAAGAGAAGUUUGUGCAUACCUCAUACAUUAAUUCCAUAUUGCUUUUGUUGUAUAGACUUAGGAUCUGGUGUGUAUAUACAAUAACUG